CAGAAAUACAGACAAUGUUUACACUAGUCGUGGUAGCUAGCUCUGCCGGAUGCUCGAUUUGAUGAUGUGGUAGCUUUCCUGAGCAGGCUAGCCGGGUGGUAGCGAGCUGUCAGUUGAAUCCACUACUUUUUCGGGAUUCAUAUCUAAUAGUACACACCGACAGUCUGUCAACAUGGACAAAGAUACAGGUUCUGCAGCUACGAGCUCUCCUGACUCCGACGCAGCGCGGAAGCGCAAAGUGCACGGCAUGCUGAAGCUUUAUUACGGUCUGAAUGAGGAAGGAAAGACCGUGGAUCAAGCUGAGUCGCUAGAUCCUUGCGAUAUAAACGGGCCACAUUUUGAUCCUGAUGUGUAUCUCAACAAGCUGAGGAGAGAAUGUUCUCUUGGGGAGUUGAUGGAUCAGGAGACCUGUAUGGUCAAGCAGAUCCGCUCCUUGGACAGUGACAUGCAAACUCUGGUGUAUGAGAACUACAACAAGUUCAUAUCUGCUACUGACACCAUCAGAAAAAUGAAGAAUGAUUUCAAGAAGAUGGAAGACGAGAUGGACUGCCUCACCACCAACAUGGCCGCCAUCACAGAGUUCAGUGCCCGCAUCAGUGGGACUCUUCAGGAUCAGCACGCUCAGAUCACCAAACUGUCAGGGGUGCACACCCUCCUGAGGAAGCUGCAGUUCUUGUUCGAGCUCCCGGCCAGGCUGAACAAGUGUCUGGAGAUGCAGGCCUACUCCCAGGCCGUGAGCUCCCACCGUCGAGCCCGCUGCGUCCUGCAGCAGUACAGCCACAUGCCCUCCUUCAGGGGCAUACAGGACGACUGCCACGACAUCAUGGACAAGCUGGCGCUGGAGCUAAGGCAGAAGUUCAGGGACGGAGGCUCCAGUUCCAAGGACCUGUCUGAGUGCGUGGAGCUCCUGCUGCAGCUGGACGAGCCGGCCGAGGAGCUCUGCGACAAGUUCCUGAGCCACGCCCAGUCACGGCUGGAAGCAGACCUCCUGGGGCUGGAGGCGGAGCUGGUCCAGCCUCCCCCCCCUUCCGCCGCCGCCGUGGCCGAACCCCCUGCCGUGUCCUCUCACAGGUCUCCCUCCGGCGCCUCCCCGAGAGCCAGCGCCCUGCCCUCUCCCAGCUCCCGGACGGACAUUUUAGAAUUCAUUGACCGAGGUUGCAACGAGUUUGUCAGCAGUCUGUGCCUGGUGAUCGCGUCUUACCAGGAGCUGUUCGUCAACCGGCCAGAAGAGGGCGACCUCGUGUCCCAAAACAUCCCCGGGAUGGCCAACGGCAAGCUGCAUACUUUCGUAGACAACCUGGCCUCCCGCUACUUCUCCCUGGUGGAGCGUAGGAUCCAGGAGGAGAGAGGGGUCGGGGAUAACUCCCUGCUGGUCCGCGCUCUGGACCGCUUCCACCGCCGGCUCCAGGCCGUGACCAAGCUCCUCCCCGGGUCCGCGGUGCCGAGCCAGGGGACGGAGAUCGUGGUGCGGGCGGCCAGGGAGCGGAUCAAGCAGUACCUCGCGGCCCUCCAGAGCUUCUACCUGGACAGCCUGACUGACGUGAGGCAGGCCCUGGCGGCACCUCGGCUCUCUGUGGGCGGGGCCUCGGGGGUGGGGGGCCACGGGGGGUCAUCCAUGGGGAAAGACAACCCCACCAGCCUGCCAGAGCUGCUCUCCUCCCUGUCCGCCUCCAUUCUCAACCAGAUCAAGUCUGUGUUGGCGUCUGUGCACCUUUUCACGGCAAAGGACAUUACCUUCUCGAACAAGCCUUACUUCAAGGGGGAGUUCUGCAGCCAGGGGGUGCGAGAGAGCCUCGUGGUCAGCUUCAUCAAGUUUGUGUGUCAGUCGUCCCGCCAGUUCUGUGAGAGCGCGGGGGACAGGGGGGGGUCCACGCCCCCCGCCCUUCUCUUGCUCCUGUCCCGUCUCUGCCUGGACUACGAGACCUCCACCAUCUCCUACAUCCUCACCCUCACGGACGAGCAGUUCCUCGUGCAGCAUCAUAGUCCUGUAACCGCGGUAACAGCUUUGUGUUCAGAGGCUCGCGAGGCAGCACAGAAACUGCUGAAUCAUUACGUCAAGGUUCAGGGUCUGAUCAUCUCUCAGAUGCUGAGGAAGAGUGUGGAGACGAGGGACUGGGUCAACACCAUCGAGCCCCGGAACGUGCGAGCGGUGAUGAAGAGGGUGGUGGAGGACACCACGUCCAUCGACGUGCAGGUGGGCCUGCUGUAUGAGGAGGGUGUGAGGAAGGCCCACAGUAGUGACUCCAGCAAGAGGACCUUCUCUGUGUACAGCAGCUCCAGACAGCAAGCCCGCUACGCUCCCAGUUACACGCCCAGUGCACCCAUGGAUACCAAUCUCCUGAGCAACAUACACAAGCUGUUCUCAGAAAGGAUUGAUAUCUUCAGCCCGGUAGAGUUUAACAAGGUUUCAGUGUUGACGGGAAUCAUCAAGAUUAGCCUGAAGACUUUCCUGGAGUGCGUCCGUCUGCGCACCUUCGGUCGCUACGGCCUGCAGCAGAUCCAGGUGGACUGCCACUACCUGCAGAUGUACCUGUGGCGCUUUGUCUCAGACGAGAACCUGGUCCACUUCCUCCUGGACGAGAUCGUGGCCAGCACCGCCCACCGCGGCCUCGACCCCGCCCCCAUGGAGCAGAGCGUCAUCGAGGUCAUCUGUGAGAGGGGUUAAAGGUCGAAGGGCAAGAGAGGCCUUGUCUUGAGUGGUGAAGACUGUGUUAUACACUGGCUGCUAUUCAGAAAGGUUUUGUGUGGAUGUUAUGUUUUAGGACACUCUUGAAUGUUGGGACAGGGAGGCAAGUUAUGGAGGUGGUGCUAUAUUUGAAUAGUAUGAAUGAUUUGUGAAAAGUUCUAUUAAAUCAAAACUGACAAAAAAAGAGUUAUCUCUUCCUCAUGUAUGCUCUUAAUCAUUCCACUUUGUUCUGUUUUCAUUUUUCACUGAUCCUGCUGGCAAAAUAAUGAUUAUUGAUGAAAUGAUUAUGCUUUUCUGUGUGUGUACUCAAUAAAGUAGGCCUAUCUGACAA